CUUCCGGCGCGGCUCCUGCGUGCUGGUGGCGGUCGAGCAUGGACCGAAACCCCUCGCCGCCGCCGCCGAGGCGGGACGAGGCCGAGGAGGAGGUGGCCGGGGGCGACUGCAUAGGGAGCACGGUCUACAGCAAGCACUGGCUCUUCGGCGUCCUCAGCGGGCUCAUCCAGAUUGUUAGCCCUGAAAACACCAAGUCCAGCUCAGAUGGUGAGGAGCAGCAGAUGGAGCUUGAUGAAGAAAUGGAGAAUGAAAUUUGCAGAGUAUGGGAUAUGUCAAUGGAUGAGGAUGUGGCUUUAUUUCUCCAAGAAUUUAAUGCUCCUGACAUAUUUAUGGGAGUGUUGGCCAAAUCCAGAUGUCCUCGAUUAAGAGAAAUCUGUGUGGGAAUUUUAGGUAAUAUGGCCUGUUUCCAGGAGAUAUGUGUGUCUAUCAGCAGUGAUAAAAAUCUUGGACAGGUAUUAUUGCACUGUUUGUAUGAUUCAGACCCUCCUACUCUGCUGGAAACAAGCAGGUUGUUGCUUACUUGCCUUUCCCAGACAGAAGUGGCCAGUGUCUGGGUUGAGAGAAUUCGAGAACAUCCAGCUAUUUAUGAUAGCAUUUGCUUCAUUAUGUCAAGUUCAACAAAUGUUGACUUGCUGGUGAAGGUGGGGGAGGUUGUGGACAAGCUUUUUGAUUUGGAUGAGAAGCUAAUGCUGGAGUGGAUUAGAAAUGGGGCUGUUCAGUCUCUGGACCAACCCCAGGAAGAUUCCGAAGAGCAGCCAGUGUUUAGAAUUGUGCCCUGUGUACUUGAAGCUGCCAAACAAGUACGUUCUGAAAAUCCAGAAGGGCUCGAUGUUUACAUGCAUAUCUUACAGCUGCUUACCACAGUGGAUGAUGGAAUUCAAGCAAUUGUACAGUGUCCUGAUACUGGAAAAGACACUUGGAAUUUGCUUUUUGACCUGGUCUGCCAUGAAUUCUGCCAGUCUGAUGAUCCCCCCAUCAUACUUCAAGAACAGAAAACAGUGCUAGCCUCUAUUUUUUCGGUGUUGUCUGCCAUCUAUGCUUCACAGGCUGAACAGGAGUAUCUAAAGGUAGAAAAAGAUCUUCCUUUAAUUGACAGCCUGAUUCGUGUCUUACAAAAUACGGAACAAUGUCAGAAGAAACCAGAGAACUCGGCAGAGUCUCACACGGAAGAAACUAAAAAGUCUGAUUUAACCCAAGAUGAUUUCCACUUGAAAAUCUUAAAGGAUAUUUCAUGCGAAUUUCUUUCUAAUAUUUUUCAGGUAUUAACAAAGGACACUGUGGCUCAGGGACUAAAGGAGGGCCAGUUAAGCAAACAGAAGUGUUCCUGUGCAUUUCAAAACCUUCUUCCUUUCUAUAGCCCUGUGGUGGAAGACUUUCUUAAAAUCCUACGUGAAGUUGAUAAGACUCUGGCUGAUGAUCUGGAGGAAAGUUUCCCAAGUUUGAAGGUUCAGACUUAAAAACUGAAUUGGAAUCUCCUCUGACCAAGAAAUAAGCUUUAUUUUCUUCA